AUAAGUUUAAAAUUAAAUCCAGUUAAUUUGUAAACACCUACACCUCACAAUCGUGCGUUUAAACUAUUCUGUCAAUGCAGUUCUUUUAUGCGCCGUGUACAAGAUGGAAAAUAAAUCGUAUUCAGAUGAUGACGUUGAAUUACGAAAGAGACCAAUCAAUGGGAAUGCCACAGAUGAACCUAGAGUCGUCAUAGUAGAAGAUACAGCAAAGUUAAAGAAAAGCGUUGGGAUAAUAAGCGGAAUCUCUUUUAUUGUUGGGAGUGUGAUAGGUUCAGGAAUAUUUAUAUCACCAAAAGGAGUAUUGCAAGAAACAGGAUCUGUAGGAUUAAGCCUUAUAGUAUGGGGAUCUGCAGGAAUCCUGUCUCUUUUAGGUUCGUUGUCGUAUGCUGAAAUCGGAUGUGUGGUAAAGAAGUCAGGAGGAGAAUAUGCUUACAUUGACGCUGCUAUGGGUCGUCUGAUGGCUUUCAUGUUUGCUUGGACAAAAAUUAUCGUAUUAACACCAUCUAGUGUAGCUGUGAUUUCAAUGACGUUUGCGUCGUACUGCGUAACAUUUUUCCCGUACUGUGGAGAACCUCAAGUUCCCCUGAAAGUGAUUGCAGCAUUAGCCAUCGUGACUUUGACUAUCAUAAAUUGUUAUGAUACGAGAGCUGGAGCCAGCGUCCAAGUGUUCUUUACAGCAGCUAAGUUGUUAGCACUGGUAAUCAUCAUCGUAGGAGGUCUUGUUAGACUUGGACAAGGCAAUACAGCUACAAUGAAAUCUGGUUUUGAUGGGACUAUCGGCACUGCAUCAGGUGUUGCUUUGGCAUUUUAUGACGCACUAUGGGCGUAUGAUGGAUGGAAUACAUUGAAUUAUGUUUCAGAGGAAUUGAAAAAUCCUUACGUAAAUUUACCACGAGCGAAUGUAAUUGGUGUGCUGUUAGUAACAAUACUGUACAUUUUGACUAAUAUAUCGUAUUUGGUUGUACUUGGAAUAGACGGUCUACUCGAUAGUGACGCUGUUGCAGUUACUUGGGGAGAUGAUGUACUUGGUGCAGCCGGUGUAAUAAUGCCCAUUUUUGUGAUGUGUUCAACGUUUGGUGCAGCCAACGGUGCAUUAUUUGCAGGUGUAAGAACAUUGUAUGCAGCUGCACGUGAUGAUCAGUUUCCAGAAGUGUUGUCAUAUGUCAACUGUAAACGAUACACACCUAUACCAUGCCUAAUAUUUACAUCUUUGGUUGCACUACUUAUGCUGAUUCCCGGUGACAUUGGAAGCUUGAUAGACUUUUUCAGCUUUGCCUCCUGGAUGUUCUACGCACUGGCAAUAAUUAGCUUAUUUAUCUUACGAUGGAGACUACCAGAUGCACACCGGCCUAUCAAGAUUUUCAUUUUGUUACCUGUAAUUUUCCUUGCCUGCUCUUUAUACUUGGUAGUAGCACCAAUAGUACAGGAUCCACGGUUAGAAUUCCUGUACGCGUUCCUUUUCAUGGUUGGAGGAUUGCUGUUUUAUAUCCCCUUGGUUCAUUUUCAAUUGAUGACAGGACGUUUCGACGCCGUUACUAGAUUUCUACAGAAAAUUAUGGAAGUUGUACCAAGUCCAUAUGAAGAACCUGAUUUUGGAUAAUCUAAACACAAUACUUUGACUAUUGUUUUAAAUGUAUACUGGUAUUACUUUAAAACAUUUUCGUCGAAAACAAUAAUCGGUAACACUAUCUCAGAGAUAUUUUAUAUACUAUUUUUUAUAAAUUGAACAUAUAACAAAGGCACAGUUAAUACAUAGUUUCAACAGUAUUAUUGAAUGAUUGGUUCGCUUAUUGAGAUGUUUCGACCUAUUGGUGGUGUUUGAGAUGGCGAAUUGUAUAUGAAGUGUUUUCGUGGACAUAUAAGAUUUUACAAUAGAUUCAAUAUUUUAUGUUAUGAUGUUUUAUUUUGUUGUUGUAUAUACCAUUGAAGUCCAGAUACAUCUCUUUUUUUUU